AUGAAAGAUUUAUACUUUGCGGACAUUAACAGUACUCUUUUCUUAAGACAUUACAACAAUAAGUUGCUACUAAUUAGUGGUAAUAGAAUUAAGUUAUAUACGUACGAGGAAAUUAAGAAUAUAAUUCGUGCUCAGAAUAUUGCUAUAUAUAUUGUUAAGGAUAUAGAAAAGAAUGAAAAAAUCGUGUACAUUUCGAAUAAUGUAAUAAUAAAAAGGCAUCUUAGAAGUAACAAAGAAAAGAGUAUAACGGAUGAUGUUCAUUCUUUCAAUAAUGAUGUAAGCAAAGUUAAUUAUGAUAAAAAUGGUAAUAACGGACAUAAUAAUGAAAAAAUUAGUGACGGAAUGAAUAGUAAUAUGAACAACAAUGUCAUUAACAACCUCAGCAUCAAAGAUGACUCUUCAAACAAUGCUGAAACAAACUAUGUUUGUAUUGCCUUUGAACAGGGAAAUGUAUGGCUUUGCGCAGAGGACGGAGCAAAUAAGAUGUUUGUUUAUGAAAAGUUAAUAUAUAGAAAAAUAUGCGAUAUAAUUAAAAUAGAGAUUUUUACCACCAAUAAUGUUAUUAACUCUUUAAUAUUGUACAAAGAUUACACCUUAAUUUUUUAUAACGAAAAAUUGCAAAACUCUGUUAAAAUACCUAUACAAGAAUAUGUAUAUAAUUUUUGUUUAAGUAAUAAUAAUCAAAAUAUAGCUCUUUUUAAUCAUAAAAAUUUAUACAUUUAUGAUAUUAUGAAAAAAAACUUUUCUGUAGAGGAUAACGAAGAAAUAGAAACGAAUGAAAAUUUACAAGUUUCGAACAAUGAUAAGAAUUGUAUAGAAGUUAAAGAUAUUUUUGAUUUUUCCAAAAAUUAUAAGAAUUUGCUAAGCUGUGACUGGCAUCCCCAAAAUCUCUGUAUAGCAUUAUGUGGGAAAAAUAUAGUAAGAUAUUUAGUCCUAUAUAAUUAUAAAGUUUAUGAAUAUUCAGGUACAGAAAUGCAUAAAUCGUACAUAACUGCAACUAAGUUUAUUACCAUUUCGGAUAACGUAAUUUUAUUAACCUCUUUAAGUUGUGGUGACAAUCUAUUUUGUGUGUGGGAAUUUGAAUUGGAGUACUGUUUAUAUAAAUUCAAAAGUGAUCAUAUUAUAUCGCAUUUUGAUCUCUCCUAUUUUGAUGACUAUUUACAUAUGUCUUUUCUGGCAGAGGAAAAACAUUUGGCAAAUGAAAAAUUAGAUAGCAAAAAAAUUAUAAAAAAAAUUGAAUGGGAUGAUUCGGAAGAUGACACGUAUACAGAACGAAGCAUAUGCGAUCCUGUCUAUCCUGAUCAAACGGAUAAAAUUCAUACAGGAACAAAUAAGAUGCAAGGCAUAGAUAAUGGCACAGACUCCUUUAAAGAUAACUACAAUGGGGAUAAAAACAAAAAAGAUAAUAACAGUAAUAGUAAUAGUAGUAAUAAUAAUAAUAAUGCACAUAGCUCAUCUACGUACGAAAAUGAGAAAGAUAGAAUCAGCAGUGAAUAUUUCUCCGGAAGUAACGGUAAGAGGAAUAGUGAAUCCUGUUCAGGGGAAUGUAAUUUGAAUUAUCUAAACAAGAAAAAAAGAAAAAAAAAAAUAUUUGUUGAUGAUGAAGAAAAUCAAGAUAACUUCAUCAAUCUGUCCCAUAAAAAGAUGGCAAAGGAUCGAGAUUUAGGCAGAGAAAAUAAAAGAGAAGAUAAACAUGACCAGUACUACGAAAGAAAAAAAAUAGACAAAAUGAAUUUCAUUGAUAAUUAUGCAGAAGAGGAUCCAGAUGAUGUAUAUAAUAGUUAUGAAAGUGAUAAAUACAGAAUACAUAGUAAGAAACAUCUUACCAAUAAAAAAAAUCGUGAAGAUAAUGAAUAUAACAAAAAGGAAUAUAAUAUACAAAAUUUUAUAAAUAAAAAUAAAGAUGUUAUAAUGAAUAAUAGAGAAAGUGGAUAUUUUGAGGACAACAGUUAUUUAUUUGAUAAUGACGAUGAUCAAAAAAGUGUAACUGCCUUUAACAGUUAUAUUAAAGAAAAAUUUGAACAAUUAGAAAAAUUGAAGAAACAAGUAGACAUGUUACAAAAACAAGUGAAGAGUUUUACAAAAAUUAACCUUGACGAUUUUAUUGUUUUAUGCCCAGGAUUAUGCGAAGAACCAGAAAAUAUAAAUGAUCAGUGGUGUAUGUUUUGGAAUGAUAUAGGACAUAUAACCAAAAAAAAAGAAGGAAAUAAGACAUAUAUAUAUAUUUUCCUAUUUAGAGGUGAAGACGUUGGAAAGAAAAAAAUUACAGAUAUAUAUAAUGUUACAUCUGCAUCGUUAAGUGCAUAUGGAUUUGCAUUGGCAUCCAAUCCUUAUGAAAAAACUAUUUCAAAAAGUAAUAGUAUAUUAUGUUUUCAUAACUUAAAAGAUAAUGUUAUAUGGAAUAAAUAUUUGCCAAGUGAGGAAUUAAUAAAAGGGGUGGCAAAUGGAAAUAAUUUUGUAGCAAUAGUUACAUCGAACAAUUUUCUUAGAAUAUAUUCUGCAUAUGGUUAUAUUAUCAAUACAUUUUUAUUGAAAGGUAUACCUGUAGCUCUUUGUGCAUAUGACUAUUUACUUUUUGUAAUUACUUGUCCGUACAUUUUUGAAAAUGUGUAUAGUUACAACAUAAAUAAUACUUAUAAUUGUACACUUUAUAAGGUUUACGAAAAUUUUACUGAUUUAAAACCAAGCAAAUAUAACACAUAUCAUAUUACCAUACUAUAUGAUGAUGUUUUAUCCCUCCCCUCUUGUCAUUAUUUGAAUUGGGUAAAUAUAUCCAACUUCGGUAUUCCAUAUGUCAGAGAUACAUCCAAUUUUAUAUACGGCUUAUAUCCUGUGUUUAAAAAAAAUAAUAAUAUCGUUUAUGAUUGGGUACCUAUAUUUGACCUAAACAAUUUGAAUACAUAUAACCAGAUGGAUAAGUCUAAAUACCAACACGCAGAACAGCAGAAUGGAAAUACACUAAAUAAAAAUGAGCAAGUUGCUAAUAAAAAAAUUCAUAAUGAUCUAUAUGAUGAAGAUGAAAAAAUAGAAAAUAAUAAGGAUGAUGCUAAGAAAAAUAGGGAUAGCCAUCCUGAUGAUGAAAUGGGAACAAACUCGCAGUGUGUUUACUAUCCUUUAUAUUUUGACAACUUUGAACAAAUAUCAGUUAUCAGAUUAAAGAAAAAUGAAAUAGAACCGAGAUCUAACAAAAUAGAAAGUUGUCUUGGAUAUAACGUAGAAAAAAAAUAUAUUGUAAUGAGUGAAUGUAAUGUUAUGAAAUAUGAAAAACUUGUUAAAUUAUUACAAGCCAAUCCUAAUUUAUCUCUAGAUAAUGAUUCAAACAAAAACGAAUCAGCUACUUUAUUGCCGUGGGAACAAUAUGACGAAAUGAGAUCUCGAGUAGAUCUUUACUGCAAACAGUUAUUUGUAAAUAUUUCUUAUGAUUACAUGAAUGAUGGUAAAAAUAAAAGUGCAGUUGAUACCUUAAAAUCUUUAAAUAAAUUAUACGAUAAAUGGAUCAUGCGAAUGUUUGCUAUACUUAAAAAUGAUAAAAAGAAUCAAAAAUUAGCUGUUAAAGUAUCACGACUGUUUAAGAAUAUCAAAAACAUGAUGUUGUCCUUGAGUCUUGUAGAUGAUGAAUAUAGUACAUUACAUAGUGAAAUUACGAAUGAAUAUUUAAAAAGACAGAUUAAAGAUGAAAAUUAUAAAAAUUAUAAACAAAAUCAUACUUACGAGGAAGAUUAUAAGGAUGAUGAACAAAAACGCAAAGAGAUGUACGACAAAUAUUAUAAGAAUAAUCAAAAUAUAUCAGAAGAUGAAAAGAAAAUUUUUUCGGAUACUAAACAAACUGGUUACUUAUAUAAGAACUCGACAAAGGAUCAAGUAGAAAAUGAUAAGGAAAAGAAAGAAAAUCAUUUCUUAGAUAAAUUCUUCACAGGAGUUACUAAAAACCAAAGUGUUGAUAACCUCUUUUCGCAAGAAAAGAAAAUCUCUCAAAUUAAAAAAAAAAGCACCUUAGAAAACUUUUUUUCAGAAUUGAAGGAAGAAUAA